GGAGUGAAAAGGUGGAUGAACUGCAGACUCCAUCUUCUUCCCGAAGAGUCCCAGAGACAUGAGGACAUUUCUGUUUUCAUUAAAGUCUGGAGUUCUGAUGAUCUUGAAGAAAAAACCAUCACAGCUAAACCUGGACAGACUGUCUCUCUGCCAUGUAGAGCUGGACGUGAUGGAAACAUCGAUGCUGUGGUGUGGACCAGAUUUGAUCUGGAACCAGAAAAUGUUCUGUUCUACAGAGAUGGUCAUUAUGAUCCAGAAAACCAGCAUCCAUCUUUCCAGAACCGGGUGCAUCUUCAGGACAGACAGAUGAAGGAUGGAGACGUGUCUCUGAUUCUGAAGAAUGUGGUGACUGAUGAUACGGGAACAUAUGAAUGUAGAGUCUUCCAGACAGGAACAGGCAGCUGGAUUCCAAAGUUCACGUCCAUCAUCAUCCAUCUGGAAGUUCCUCCACCAGCUCCACCCCCUACUGUAGCUCCGCCCCCUGCUUCAUCCUCCCUCCAUCUUGGGUUUAUGCUGCUCCUCCACCUGCUGGUGUUCUGUCCGUACUUCAUCUCCACCCUCCUCAUGGUGUCUUUAUAUCGACGCAGAAACACAGGAAGUGACCUGGCCGUCUCCAUGGUGAUGACUCCAUCCACCCAGGCUGAUCAGGGAUUGGAUGAUGACUAUGAUGAUGUCACCACAGAGCAUCAUCUAAACUGAGCUGAACAUCUCAUCUCUCUCUUCUCCUGAUGUUCUUCUUUCACAUGAGAACUUUCUAGAACUGAGGUCAACAUCUGUGAACAGAGACGUCACAUCUGUCUGUUUGUCCUGGAAAUAAAGC